UACAGUUAUAUGCGAAAACUCCCUGUUUUAGCGAAUUUUAGCCGCAUCAUGCACUUUUGGUGCGCACCCCACCAAAAAUUAAUGAUAAUUGACAAAACUCACCCAACAAUCGCACUACCACCUCCAGCACCAUCCCAAUUAGGCAAUUUCGACUUUAUUCGCAAGCUCCUACCAUGGCACGUUCAAAGAGCAAAAAAAUCGAGAAACCACCGCCUUUAGUAGGCAAAAAACGACAGAGAAAACCUACGGCUAAGGCCUCCUCCGCUCUAGUAGCUCCCAAACAGCCUAAAAUCAAGCUCACGACUGCUAGCAGGCCCCCAAAAGAGCCUUCUCCUGAUACUGGUGCUAGCGGAGCUAAUCCCCAAAGGGAGCGUACUAUCGAAAUAUCGUCGUCGUCGUCCAGCGAGUCUCCAGAGCCCGAAGCUAAGACCCACGUGGUUACCGUGAACUGGCAGGUUUACCUGAACCAUAAGCUAGUUCAUUCGGAGUCUUUUCAGGAGGAUUUUUUAUCGAUUCUACAUAAUGGAUACCGAUUUUGGCAGGGCUGGGUUCAGAUGAGGGUCGACGAAGCGGCGAAGACGGAUAAGGAGAUUAAAGCUAGGAGAAAAUGGAAGGGAAUAUAUGGAGCUUUGAGUAAUUGAUAGAUCUUCCAUAUCCAAGAUAGGGAGAGCUUUGAGAGGUUCGAAAAAAUGAUGGUUUCUAGGGGCUUAAAAGGCGUUGAUUGCGUUAUUGAAGCUCGAUUCGUCACCAAAGGAGACCCCGAAUCGUUACCGGAACCAGAGAAAGCGUCAGGAAAGAGAAGAAAAACACCAGAUCCUCCCAAGCUAGUCUAUUCAGAUGACGACAGUGACGCUAAAAAGAGCAUUCCCCCCAUCAAGAAGGCUAGGAAAACAGCUACCACUAUUGCUAUUGCGUCUUUAGUCAAGGAUAGGAAGACAUAAUCGAGAUAUCAGGAGAGAUUGAGC